AUCCUUAUAUUUGAGACUAUUAGCUCUCUAUAUGCAAGAGAUUGCUUCCUAAUUUCUACUUAAGUUUUAUUUCUUGCAGGAAAAAAAUCAAUUGUUAGAAAAAAACCAAAAAUCAAUGGUCAAUAUAUUUUUAAAUGCCACUCGUGUGAUCAAAUAAGUUCAUUGAAAACCUUCCCUCCCCUCUCAGGCUCCAACCAAACACACCAUUAUUGAUUUAUUACAGAGGCAGGGGUGUUAAUUUUAUCUCCUGAUUGGCUCAUCCGUGGUUCUGCAACUCGAUCAAGAGUCAUGUCCUUAGAGGGGUUGUUUGGUUAGGUGUUGGUGCAAAAAAGAAUGAAAUUGGGUCUUUGGUGUUUUGUUUUAAGAAUGAAAUAACAGAUUCUUGGGAAGAUUGAAGUUAAUUUUUCCUGUAAUUUUCCAAAAACAGGUUUGGUUGAACCUAAACUUCAAAAGGUAGUAUUCAUGAAAACUGUUGCAAAUGCAUCCUCUGGCAUGGCCGUUGCCGAACACAGCAAAAACACGUUCACGGAAUUGCAAAGAAAGAAGGUGUAUCGUUACGUGGUUUUCAAGAUAGAUGAGAGAAAGAAGGAAGUUGUUGUUGAAAAAACUGGAGUUCCUGCUGAGAGCUAUGAGGAUUUUACUGCCUCGUUGCCCGAGAAUGAUUGCCGAUAUGCUGUCUAUGACUUUGAUUUUGUUACCUCAGAGAACUGCCAAAAGAGCAAAAUUUUCUUCAUUGCAUGGUCCCCCACGGGGUCGAGGAUCCGUUCUAAGAUGCUAUAUACGACAUCCAAGGACAGAUUCAGGAGGGAGCUUGACGGCGUGCACUAUGAGUUACAGGCCACUGAUCCUUCCGAGCUCGAUCUUGAGGUGCUCCGCAACCGUGCUAAUUGAACCAGCAUCUUUUCUACCUUGGGUGUCAUUUGUUAACGGAUAUUGGUGAAAGGUAUCAAUAUAUGCUUGUUGAUCCAUUUAGAGUGUCUUUGGUGAGUAAACAAGAUGUGAGUUUUGAUAUUUCCAGAUAUUAGAAUUCUUUUUGGGUGUUUGGUGAAGCAAAAAAAAAAUAUGGAAUUCGAUAUCUCCAGAUAUCAUAAAUCCUUUAAAUGGAGAGUUUCGAUCUCCGAAUUUGGGAGAUGUCAGUAUGGAGGUUUAAUAUCUCUCUCAACUAUUGAUCAUUCUCCAUCACCGCCUACCAUUGUUACCGUCGACCACUCCCGUUGCCAGUCACCCUCGGUUAUUACUAAUUAAAUAAUAAUUUUAAAUCUCUCCAAACAAAUUCGUCUCAAAUUCAAAACUCAUACUCCGGGUAUCAUUUAAUUUGUUUAUCUGAUUUGAAGCCCGAACGUGUUUCAAAAUUUGCAAGAAGGGUUCGGGUGUGACCCAAACAAUUAACCAAUGGAUCCUUAUCACACCAAAAAAAAAAGAACCUUUACGAGCAUAUUAGAAAAAUCAAGAUCAUUGAUUGAAGGCUCAUUUGACAUCAGUAUUAGAGAUUAAUGUUUGCAAAUGGGUAUAUUAUAUUUUCAAAAUUAAUUUACAUCAUUAAAAUAUUAUUCAAAACGGCAACGUUAAUCGACAUAUUUUCAAAUAAGGUCUUAAUUAGAGUACUUUUUAGUUUCUACUCCCUAUUUUGAUUUAAUUGAUCAUCCGCUUUUAAUAUAUAUUCCCCAUGGAGUACGAGUAAUUCAUAAGCACAUUUGGUGACAAGCUAAAUGAAGUAGAAGAGGAGAAACAUGAACAUCACUUGGUGACUCGUUUGCCCUUCCCGUUAACCUUUUUAGUGUGUUGAUCGCUUUGUGAGACUACCCAACACCCUUUGGAUCCUCUACACAUUCCUUUGCGGUCGCUUACACUAUGUUUGGUUCAAGAAUUUUGGCUGGGAAAAGAAAAGAAAAUAGAAGGAAUAUG